GAGAGAGUUCGAUUCUAAUCGGUUUCUGCCCCUCCUCCUUCUCUUUCUUUAAACGACCGAACGCCACGUCCGGCGAUCCAGCUCGCCUGCCAUCCUCCGUUUGGAACGCGCGGACGAGAUCGGCGAACCGCAGGCCGACGAGCGAUUUCGGUAACCCUGCAAUCCGUGCGUGUUUCGAGGUUUUUCCGAUUCGCCCGGGCGAAUUCAUUGCUGGUUGCGCAAACGUGUAGGGGGGUCUAGCGAUGGGGAUCAGCAGGACCGAAGUGAACCUGAGGAGGUUGCUCGCGGCUGCACCUAAGCAAGACAAUCAAGCGAAACUCGCCCACUAUGUUGCUACUUUAAGAGAACAACUGGAGCAGCUGGCUGAGGAGAGAACCCCAGAUGGGUUACCAAGAGUUCCAAAGGCAAUGGUGAUUGAUUAUUCUGAAAAGAUUGAAGCAAUUGCUGCUAAGUUAUCAGCUCCUUUGCAUGAUGUGCAAGAGUCUCAGGAGCCCUUUCCAGGAAGUUCUUCUGGAGAAAGCCCUCAUAAAGAAUUGGAAGAUCCAGUUACCCCAAAAUCAGGAUUAAGAAGGAGAUUUGCAUUCUUUAACAGGCCAACCUCAAGUACUGCGGAUACAACUCAAUCCCGUAAUGAAGUUGAUACUUCAGGACCUGUCAAACUAGAUGCUGCAGCGCAAGCACACAUUGAAAAGCACAGAAAGCUUCAAGAGGAUCUGACGGAUGAAAUGGUUGGUUUGGCACGGCAACUGAAAGAGAGUAGCCUCGUGAUGAGUCAGUCCCUGCAAGAUACAGAAAAAAUACUUGAUUCAACAGAGAAAGCUGUUGAGCACAGCUUGGCAAGCACAAAUCGGGUUAAUGUACGAGCAACGGAGAUAUACUCAGAAAGCUCUAAGACUACAUGCUUUACUUGGCUUCUGAUCUUCGCGAUGACAUGCAUCUUUAUUAUGGUUGUGCUGUUGAUUCGUGUCACUUAAGACAAUCCUAUUUCAAGUUUUGUCAGUUGAGUUAUAGUACUUCCUGUGAUGUUGUCGAAAAUGUGACACUGUCGAUAUAUUCAAAAGAGUGUCUUCGUCGGCACAGUUUUAGUGCUGCAAUUGUUUCUUCA